GUCCUGUGGCAGCUGUGGCGGCGAUGUGGCGGCAAUGUGGCGGCAAUGGCGGCGAAUGUGGCGGCAAUGUGGCGGCGAUGUGGCGGCGAUGUGGGCGGCGAGCUGCGGCACUGCCGCCAAUUGCCGCCACAUUGCCGCCACAUUGCCGCCACGUUGCCGCCACAUUGCCGCCACCUCGCCGCCACAGCUGCCACGGGACCUUAUUUCUGCCAAUAA